AUGGAUAUUUGUAAUGAAAUGAGUUUACCAUCAACAGAAGAUAUUCAACAAACAUUGAUUGACUUUCCAUUUAAUAAAAUAAUUUCUUAUGUUGAUAAUUUUGCAGAUAGAAAAAAAAGUCAAUGUUAUAUUUAUUCAUAUCCAUUUCUAAUGCGAUAUUAUACCCGCAUUACAAAUAAUUUUCCAGGUGGUUUAUUUAAACAUGUUCGUGUGGUGUCAUUAUUUGAUGAACAACCUUUUGAACAUGAAUUUUUUCUUCGAAUUCAGAAAUCAUUUCCAUUUAUAGAAGAAUUAUCUUUAGUUAAUCAUAAACCACAAAACCGAAAACAAUCUUAUGUAUCAAACAGUGAUAAUCAAACUUUAUCGCUUAUUGAAUAUUUUUUUCUUAAUAAACUUUAUAUUAGCAAAGUUCAUGAUGAUUAUAUAGAACAAUUUCUUUUUGAUACUAAAACGUAUUUGCAAAAUAAUGUUAUUCUUUCUGUCGAUUAUGAAUCGUUACAACGAGUAACACACAAUUUUACAAGAGAUGCUACUCGAACUAAUUGUGCCAAAAUAAGUAAAUUACAUACAUGGGGUCAAGGAAAAUGUUCCAAUUCUUUAGAAGAAUAUUUUCCUUAUGCAAAAAUAUGUUAUCGAUUAUAUUGUAAGACAAAAAAACAAUAA